ACUAAAACUAACAAACUGAGUAAAGCUGUCCAUAGUGGAUUAGUUAAAAGAGCUCAAGAUCACCAAGAAAGUUUAGCUGAUGAUGGUGUUGGUUACUUUGCCACAAUUGAGGUUGGAUCACCAGCUCAAACAAUUAGAGUCCAGAUUGAUACUGGUUCUUCAGAUUUAUGGUUCCCAGGUACUAAUAAUCCACAAUGUCCACAGGGUACAGCAACUCCAAUUGAUCAAGGCUCUCCAUACCAAGAUGAUUUUGAUUAUUGUUUGAGAAGUGCUCAGUAUGAUCCAGGUGCUUCAUCUUCAUGGAAGGUUGAUUCCAGUGCACCUGCAUUCCAUAUUGAGUAUGUUGAUUAUUCAUUCGCUACAGGUUCUUGGGGUACUGAUAAUGUUCAGUGGAAUGAUGUUACUAUUGAUAAUUUCUUUUUGGCAUCUGCUCAAAAUUCAAAUGCAACUUCAGUCUUCGGUAUCGCAUUAACUACAGAUGAAAGUUCAAAUGAAGGUAGUGAUGCAUUCCAAUAUCCAAACUUCCCUCAAAGAUUGAAAAGCGAUGGUUAUAUCUCCAAGAUUGUUUAUUCUUUAUAUCCAAGUGAGGAUCCAUACACCACUUCGGGCGAUAUUGAUAUUACUUUAUUAUUCGGUGGUGUUGAUACUGCUAAAUAUUCAGGAACUUUGGAAGUUUUCCCACUUGAUAGUAAUUAUGAUUUAGCAAUCACUUUAACAGGUAUCAGCACUGAUAUUUCUGGCCAAACUUCAGUCGCUUCAACCCAAUCAUUAUCAGCAGUCUUGGAUUCAGGUACAACUUUACAAGCAUUACCAUAUAACAUCGUGGAACAAUUGGCCUAUAAUCUAGGUGGUUCUGGUGAAACAGAUAGUUAUGGAUACUUUAUUGUUCCAUGUAAUUACGGCUCAGAUGAUCAUAUAACUUAUACAUUUGGUACUAAAAACAUUAAUGUCCCAGUGGAAGCAGUCGUUUCAUCAGAUGGUAAUGGUAAUUGUGCAUUGGCUAUUGAACCAACUAAUGGGUUAACAAUCUUGGGUGAUACGUUCUUGAUCAAUGCCUAUGUUGUUUAUGAUUUAGAAGAUCGUGAAAUUGCAAUUGCACAGGCUAAAUACACUAGUACUGAGAAUAUCCAACCU